CAUUUUAAAACAAGUUUUUUUUUAGAUAAUUUAAAAAAGGAAAUGAAAAUAAUUAUUUUUUGUCUUUUUAUUGGUUUGGUGGUAAGUGAUCUGCCAACGAAUUGUAUGUAUGAAGAUACAGUAGGUGUUUGGACAUUGAACCUUGGUCCAUCCAACCAGACAAAUACUAUUGAUUGCAAUAAAUUUCAACCUGUCAGUACUCUUCAAGUAGAGCUCACUUUUCCAAAUUAUGCUGUAGAUGAGUAUGGGAAUAUUGGGAAAUGGACUAUGAUUUACAAUCAAGGAUUUGAAAUAAAUCUCAAUGGUCGUUCUUACUUUGCAUUUCAAUAUUACGAGCAAGUUUCAAAAGAUGAAUUUGUAAGCUACUGUCAUAAAACAUUUAAUGGAUGGGUGUAUGAUGCGGUUACUGAUAAAAAAUUUCCACCAAAAAACUGGGGUUGUUAUGAUGCUACAAAGAAAGAUAAAAUCACAAAAUUCUCUAAAAUGACUUCUCUUGAUGACGAUGAAACGUUAGAUGAGCCCUAUGGUUUAAAACAUGAACUUGUGCAAAGCAUAAACAAUAUCCAAUCACUUUGGAAAGCUGGUGUUUAUGAAUUAUAUGCUAACUUAACAAUCAGAGACAUGAUUAAGAGAGCUGGGGGAAAUAAAAAUCUUUCACCUGUAUUACCAAGGCCAUCUUUGCUUGAUGGAAAAGACCUACCUGAUGCAUUUGAUUGGCGUAGCAAACACAGUAGCAAUUUUGUAUCACCUGUUCGCAAUCAAGGAAAUUGUGGAAGUUGUUACGCUUUUGCUUCUAUGGCUCAACUAGAAGCAAGUGCUAGAAUAGAAACGAAUAAUCGCAUAAAGCCAGUUUUUUCUACACAGAAUAUUGUAUCUUGUUCACCUUUGUCUCAAGGAUGUGAAGGAGGUUUCCCAUUUCUAACUGCUGGUCGCUAUGCACAUAGUUAUGGGGUGAUUACUGAAGAUAAAUACCCAUACAUUGGUAAUGAUACUAAAUGUAACCCAGAGUCAUCUGAUUAUAGAUUUUUUGCCUCUGAAUAUGGGUAUGUUGGAGGGUUCUAUGGAGGAUGCAGUGAAGUCUUGAUGCGAUUGGCAUUGAUUAGGUAUGGUCCACUAUCAGUAGGAAUAAAUGUUACAAGUGAAUUCUUGCAUUACAAAGGAGGAAUUUUCUACCAACCAGAAACUCAUCUACUUGGUUCUAAGUUUAAUCCAUUUUAUUUAACCAAUCAUGCUGUUCUUGUAGUCGGUUAUGGUGUCGAUCAUGAUAAUGGAGUGAAAUAUUGGAUAGUGAAGAAUUCUUGGGGAGAAGGUUGGGGAGAGGGUGGUUUUUUCCGAAUUCGACGUGGAACAAACGAGAUAGGAAUUGAAAGCAUUGCUGUAUUUUCCAAAAUUUAUUUUGGUCAUUAGUUAUUAAGUAAUAUAUUUAAUUGUUAUAUUAAUCUUUUAUACUAAGUUUUUUUUUUCGUGUAUAACAUGUUAUAUUUUGUUUUUGUCUUCAUUGUUCGUUAUUGUUAAUGAUAAUCGUCUUGUCUUUACAUCAAUGUAAAAUCAUUGUUAAAUGUAAAUUCUUUGUUAAAUGUAAAAUCACUGUUAAAUGUAAAUUAAAAAUUGUAGUAUUUUUUAACUUUUAUAAUAGAAUAUUUUUAAUUCAAAAAAUAUUGACGAUUCAUUUGAUUUUGACGAAAAAAUUGAUGUUUUGCAUUAGAUGCAUAAAUAAUUUAUUAUAACAUCUAACAAUUUACAAUUAUGGAUGAAUUAUGAAACGAAAUUUUUGGUAAUUUUUUGAGGCCGUAAAAACACAAUUUGCGUAAUAAAAUUGUCUAUCAUUAUGGGUUUUACAAGAAAAAAACGAAUUCCCUAACCCACCCACCCCCAUCCCUUCCUUAGUAUUAGUAAAACUUUGAACAAUCUUUGAGUUUAACUAAAAUCGUUUAACUAAACGUUUGAGUUUAACUAAAAUGAGUUUAACUAAAAUCGUGCAAGUUGUUAUUAAUUUCAUAGGAACAAUUUUAUAAUACUUAAUGAAUUAUACAGCUUUUCCCAUAAUUUUUUUUUUUAAUGUAUUUAGGUGCUCCCUUAGUCAUUACGGUCUCAUCAUAGAGCACCGCGGGAAAGCAUUUAUCAGGAAGUUCACGCCUCCUUCCGUACCUAUGUCGUUUGUCGGGCUAGAGCUGGCUAAUUGAAAGUAAGACCAAUUUGUAUGCUUUUUGAUAAUAUUAGAAUGGUGAGUAAAAUCCCAUACCCACAAACUUAAAAA